GUCAAUACGGUUCAGAAUCAGCUGCUCCGUAGCUUGGACAGUGCGUCAUUUACGUUAAUUCGCCAUAGAAGAAAUUCGCAAUUCCACAUCAGCUAGCAUUGAGGUCAUUCGCGCGUUCGCGAGAGGAUCCUCGAUCGGCAUCCGCGAUCUUGAGGGUGCGCGGAAAGGGGCACGAUAGAGGGACCGUUAUCUGGGUAUAUUGAUCCAGGGUGGACAUUUUGCGCGUCUAUAAUCUAUAUACAUAGCCAGUGUGCGCCGACGUGUCCCCGCGAGGAGAACUACGUCGUCGACGGUUCCAACUUCCGCGAGCAAGCAGGGCUCUCCGUGGCCCGCUCGACAUUUACUCCAGAGGGGAAAAAGAUGGGCGUUGAAGUGCUCGGCAGUCCGAACAGUUAUCUACGAGUAGAGCGUUGCAAGAAGUCGUACCUAGCCGGCGGUGUUAUGGCGGGCUCCGUUGCCACUCUGGCCAUCCUCUGGAUAUCCCUGCAGACGAUGGGACUUCUGGGUCACUCACACUCGAUCGGCACGUACAGGCUACCCGACUCUCUGCAGAAUUACCUUGCCAGUUACACCGAAAUGAUUUCAGGAUUGCCAUCUAAUUACGGUUCCGGAGCAAUCGUGGAUACCGGUCGUUUUGAAAAUCGAAGAUUUCCCAGGAUUGAUGGAGCGGCUCUGAACAACUCAAUCGCGUUCGCGCAAACGUUAAUCGAUCGCUUGAGCACCCUUGAGAAUAAUAUCGCAAACGCCGGGGUCGGGCUCGAGGCACGAAGCCCGGCCGAGAAGCAAUUCUGGAAUUCUUAUCCUUCCGCGGAUGCUUUUGACAGGAGCAUCGAUGCCAUCGUAGCAACGAAAGCGUCAUCGUAUCUCAUGCAACAAAACUGCCGAAGAUUCGGCUUAGAUAAGAACGACUGUGCUCGGUACAUAUCGACGCUGGGCCUGCAGGGCACCCCGCUUGGUGAAUCUUGUGCCGCGGUGCAUAGCGUAGAAUGUGACGAGACGUCCAAAUACCGCAGCAUCGACGGCACCUGCAACAACAUUGACAAUCCAAGCUGGGGCAGCGCGAUGACCGCGUACACCAGAGUACUGUUCUCCCAAUACUUCGACGGCAUCCAAGAACCGAGGCGUGUCGGACAAACGAAGAAACCACUGCCAAGCCCGAGGCUCGUAAGCGCCGCUUUGUCCACCGCGAACGAUCAAUCGGAUGCUAGCAGAACACUGGCUGUGAUGGAAUGGAGCCAAUUUAUUGCUCACGACAUGGCCCACACCCCAGUUCGUAAAAUGGUCUCAACCAGAAAACCAAUCUUUUGCUGUCAGCCGGAUGGAGAUACUUUGUCACCACGUCACGUUCAUCCAGAUUGUUUUCCGAUCAGUGUGUCAGACCGCGAUCCCGUUUACGGCCAACAUUACGUUCGGUGCAUGAAUUACGUUCGAUCGUUACCUGUCUUAAGAUCAGAAUGUACUUUCGGACCUGUGGAACAAAUGAACCAAGUGAGUCACUUUCUGGAUGGUUCCACGGUUUACGGUUCUACUAUAAAAAAAUCUCGCGAGCUUCGCACUUUCGAAGGAGGACGUCUUCGCAUCGACGUUCAAAACAAUCACGCUUACUUGCCAAGAGGAGAUGCCGAACUUACGUCGCAAUGCGGAGAGAAUUGCUACAAUGCCGGUGACGAUCGCGUGAACGUUCAUCCUCAGUUAGCUGUGAUUCAUACGGUUUGGCACCGUGAACACAAUCGCGUCGCCAACACACUUGCCAGAUUGAAUCCGGACUGGUCGGACGAGAUUUUGUACCAAGAGGCCAGGCGCAUUGUGAUUGCUGAGAUUCAGCAUAUCACGUACAAGGAGUGGUUGCCCAUCUUGUUGGGCAGAAGAUACACUCGAGCCAUCGGGCUCAUCGUAGGGAAUAAUUACAGCCGUAACUAUAAUUCCGAUGACGAGCCGGCGGUCAGCAACGAAGCCGCCACCGCAGCGCUGCGUUUCUUGAAUUCGCUGAUGCAGGGAAAGCUGAGCUUGCCAGACAAUUUACGCCAACAGAACAAAACGAUACAGCUAGCGGAGCAUUUCUUCAAUCCGCGCGUAAUCGAAUCAGAGGAGGUGUUUGAUGGAUUGCUCCGUGGUCUUGCUACUCAAACCAGCCAGAAAAUGGACAUUAGUCUCAUUCCAGACAUGACAAGCAAAUUGUACACUAGCAAUGGCAACGAUUUAGGCUUGGAUGCCAUUAGCUUGGAUAUUGAACGUGGCCGCGAUCAUGGCCUCCCAGGUUACAAUUAUUACCGUAGAUACUGCGGACUUCCUGCUGCCAAGACUUUUGACGAUUUCCUAGAUUACAUUCCUGUGGAGAUGAUGAGAAAACUGCGCACAAUCUAUUCCCAUCCCAAUGACGUCGAUCUUAUUGUGGGUGGUAUGGCGGAGAGACCAGCGGACGAUGGCAUGAUCGGUCCAACCUUCCGCUGCCUUAUUUACGAACAAUUCUCCAGAACCCGGCGGACCGAUAGGUUCUUCUAUGACUCCGCGACGCAACCGCAUCCUUUCACACCUGAACAAUUGGCUCAAGUGCGUAACGUCACCUUAGCGCGGAUAUUCUGCGACAAUGGUGAUGACAUCACGCACAUGCAGUACAAUGUGUUCCUCAAGCCACAGGCAGGGAACGAAUUGAGACGCUGCACAGACUUUGAGGCGAUACCCAGCGUGGACCUCUUUGCCUGGGCGGAGAGAGCAAAAGCAUAUCGUUGAAGUCCUUAAAUAAUUGACUGGUCACACAAUAAAUGGUAUCCGUUCGCCCGUAGACGUAGUGCGGGCCUGAGGAAAAAGGCUUAGCGCACAACGAAAAUGGGAGCGUAGAAAAAGCGAUUAUGUCAGACUACGUAAUAGUCUCAUUAGAAUCGUCGCCAAGUGUUGCGGCGACGAUGUCGCGCACGCCAUAAUGAAGUGAUUGAGGCAGUAAAAGGCAAAGCAACAGCGAAAACAGUGACUAGUCGAUUAAGAAAAUAUCCAGCAGAUGGAAUGAGACUGAAUGGCGCAGGUGCAAACCGACGAUUGCAGGUGAACAAACGGAUGAACAUCGAUUCUUAGCCGUUGAGAAAGCCGACAUUAGGGUUCACUUUGCGAUUGGCUUCGCUUGUAAGACUGUAUUUUGUGACAGUUUGAUAUUAUAUAGUCUGAUACACGUGUAAGCACAUCCAUAGAUACUCUCGUGCAUACGUAUUGAGAUGAAUGUGUGAAAACAGUGGAACACAAGAGUGUUACUGACGUAUUUAUGUUUUUGUAGACGGUUAUACUGAAUCGAGGCUGAAGUUGAAAUUACUUAGCGACUGAACAAUUUGUGAUGAUUUAGAAUAUAGAAGCGCAUAUGAUUUUUAUCUAAGCGAUAAUUGCAAUAUAUUGUUUUCUCGUUACACGAGAUUGUAAGCAUCUGGUCAAUAAAUAUGAAAUAUGAA